GCGUCUCUGUCCGUCUGAACUCUUUAUAUGGAACCUUAGGAAUCGUCUGCAGUAAUGUCAUGAGCGAGUAGAGAGAAAAGAUACAUACGUACGACGGCAGUCUCUCUCCUGUCUCAGCAUAGAAAGUAGUAGAGAGAGAGCUUCACCAGCUCGCAGGAUCUGCUCGAGAGCAUGCCCAUGUCUAAGCGUAAGAGAGAUCAGUACUCCGCUUCCUCCGGGGAAGAAGGCGGCAGUCAACCGGGGGGUCAAAGGCACCAGGCUCUGGUCAGUUACGUCCUCACUGCAAUCAAAGAAGACAUUAAGCAAGAGAUUCGCUUGGUGGUGGAAGAAACCGUCCGGAAAGUGAUUAAAGAAGAAUUGAAGCAGAUGAAUUAUGAACUUGCCAAGCCCAUCGAAAGGGCUUCUUCUAGAUGCAUAGAGAGAGGUGACAGUAGAAACUUACAGCUGCAAUUCAAAACACGGUUGUCGCUCCCUCUGUUCACCGGGAAGCAAAUAGAAGGAGAGGAGGGUGCCCCCAUCUGCAUUGAGUUGAUUAAUGCAAACACAGAAAAUGUUGUUGAGUCAGGCCCUGAGGCAUCUAUUAAGUUAGAUGUUGUUGUGCUUGAAGGUGACUUUAAUAAGGAUAAGAGCAAUGGCUGGACUACAGAAGAGUUUGAGAAUUAUCGGGUGGAAGCACGUGAAGGGAAGGCACCGCUGUUGAUCGGAGAUCUGCAAGUGACACUACAAGGAGGUAAAGGGGUCCUUGGGAAGUUAAAGUUUACUGACAACUCAAGUUGGAAUAAGAGCAAAAAGUAUCGGAUUGGGCUGAAGGUAGCAUCUGGCUGUUGUGAGGGCGUCAGAAUUCGUGAAGCAAUAACUGAUGCCCUCCGUGUCAAGGAUCUCAGAGGCGAAAGCUACAAGAAACACUAUCCAGCUAAACCUGAUGAUGAUGUCUGGAGACUGAAGAUGAUUGCAAAAGAUGGACCAAAUCACAAUAGACUGACUGAAGAAGGGAUAUUAACCGUCGAAGAUCUCUUAAGACAAUUCGUGAGAAACCAGAAGAGUAUGAGAAAUAUGCUUAAUAUGUCAGAUAAUAAGUGGCAAGAGCUUAUAGUCCACGCGACGUCUUGUGUUAAGAGUGGGAAACUUUAUCUGUACCCUUAUGAUGAUGUGAUGAGGCAUGGUGUUGUAUUUGACAUCAUUGGGGAGUUGAAAGGCGUUAUUGCUGAUGGGUCUUACUGCUUGGCCGAUUCCCUUUCACAGGAACAGAAGGAGCAUUACAAUAACCAGGUGAGAAGGGCAUAUGAAAACUGGGAUCAUGUCAAAGAGUUCAACAGUGCAGACUAUUGCAUGCAGGGCCAACAGGACUAUGCGGGUCUCUCUGACUGCCAUUUGACUAGCUUCCCGUAUCCAGCUCCCUCCGAACUUCCAGGAGGAAGUUCUGGAAUGGUACUUGAAGGAUAUGAUGAAACCGCAGUAGGUGGAUCUCUGCUUAAUCUACAGAAUAGUAAUCUCGAUGUUCCUGUUCAGAACGGACCAGUUCACCUGCUAGAUCAAGCAGAGGUCCCGGGGCAUCAAAACUUAGCACCAACUGAAGCACGCUUGGCACCGCCAAUCUUCCCAGUUGUUAGCACGUCAAGUCUCUAUGGUGAAGUGUUCACAGAGAAGUCACCUCCAACCUCUCUGCAGGAUGAUCACGGAAUAGAAGCCUGGAAGUCCAACGACAGUGAUGCUGGGAGUUUUAUGAGUUUUCUUUUUGAGACUCCGGACCCAGAUUUUCCUCAGUAUGAUCACGAAACAAUGGCCCAGAUGUUCGAUGACAGUGAUCCAGGGUUUCUUCAUGGGACUCCAGCCCCGUUUCUUCCUUCCAGGUGCAACUCGAGAACCGCUGUUGUGUCUUGGCUCAGGAUCAAAGCAGUCUUCAGAUGGGGCUUCUUUGUUAGGAGGCAAGUUACAAAUAGGGUUCGUGUUCCUCUGACUAUUGAGCAGUUGAAUUAAGUAUAGUAGGUUAUCUUGUCAAGUGCUAUAUAGCUCUAGCAUGGAAGGAUUGAUAUUUACGUGAUUUAGGUUCAUUUGCCACCGAACUUGGACUGCGGUAUAGGUAUUUAUAUUCUGUGAUUCUUUUGUACCUCAUAUGUGGCACCUGCAAUUUGUUCAUGUAAAUAAAAUGGAAGGACCCUAUUUAACAAAAAGUUAUUAUUCAUCA